UUUUUAUUUAUUCUUUUCUUCUUGGCUCGGAUCUUCUUGUAACAAUCAUUUUUUUAUUUACAUAUCAUUAUCAUUAUCAUCAUCAUCAUCAUCAUCAUCAUCAUAAAAAAAAAAUGCGUGACGUCUAUAUUGCUGCAGUCAGUCGAACACCUAUUGGGUCUUAUAAUGGUACAUUAGCCUCUUAUUCUGCUACUGAGUUAGGUGCCUUUGCCAUCAAAUCCGCCAUUGAAAAGACAGGAUUGCCAAAAGAUGUGGUAGAAGAAGUAGUUUUUGGAUGUGUGCUUAGUGCCAAUCUUGGACAGAAUCCAGCCAGACAAGCGGCUCUUACAGCAGGACUUGCCGAUACCACCAUUGCUACGACGGUGAACAAAGUAUGUGCAUCUGGACUCAAAGCUACGAUGAUGGGAGCACAGAGUAUCAUGACUGGUCAAGCGGAUAUUGUGGUGACUGGAGGAAUGGAAUCGAUGAGCCAAGGACCGUAUUAUCUGCCAAAACAGCGAUUCGGACAGACGUAUGGACAUGGAGAAGUAGUGGAUGGUGUCUUGAAAGAUGGACUGACAGACGUUGUACAUGGCUAUGCGAUGGGUGUAGCGGCAGAAUUGUGUGCCAGCGAGCAUGAGAUCAAUCGUGAAGCCCAAGAUGCAUUCGCAAUUGAAUCCUAUCAACGAGCACAACGAGCUAGUGAUGAUGGUAAAUUCCUACGAUAUGAAUUGACACCCAUCAUCAUCACUGACAAGAAGGGGAAAAAAACCAUAGUGGAUCGUGAUGAAGAAAUCGACAAAUUAAAUCAAGAGAAAUUGCGUGCAGUACGUCCAGCAUUUGUUCCCAAGGAUGGUACGGUCACAGCUCCCAACUCAUCACCAUUAUCAGAUGGUGCUGCCGCCAUUGUACUUGUAUCAAAGGAAGCAGCCGAGCGCUAUCAAUUACCUUUACUCGCCAAGAUCUGUGGUUAUGCGGAUGCAGAGCAAGAAUCAAGUCGUUUCACCACUUCUCCAAGUCUUGCUCUUCCUAAAGCCGUUAAACGAGCUGGUCUAACCUUGGAUCAAGUCGAUUAUAUUGAAUUAAACGAGGCCUUUGCUGUAGUGGGUUGUGCUAAUAUGAAAUUACUACAGUUAUCACCUGAUAUUGUUAAUGUAUGGGGUGGAGCGGUUGCUAUGGGACAUCCUUUAGGUUGUUCUGGUGCAAGAAUCUUGUGUACAUUAUUAUCAGUAUUGAUUGAUAAAAAAGCUACAUAUGGUGCCUGUGGUAUUUGCAAUGGUGGUGGUGGAGCUUCAGCAAUGGUGAUUGAACGCCUCUAGCAAAGCCUUACUCAUCAAAAAGACAGAAUAAAGAUAUAAGGGAUGAAACGGUUAUUGUAUUUGUAUUUUGAAAUAAAUGCUAUGAGAAAAGUAAUAUCAGAUUUCUGCAUUUUGAGGAUUCCUUUUUUGUAUUUAC